AUGCUCAGCGGCCACGCGGAACCCACGGUGGCCCAGAAGGAGACCGACGUCUACAGGCUGGUGUCUUCGGCGAUGCGUCAGCCGUCACUGCGCCGCCAGCUGUCGCAGAUCCUGCCCAUCGUGCGCGCCAUGACGCCGGCGCAGCGGCUGGCGCUGGCGGCCAUGAAGCUGCUGCUGCCGCUCAGCUGGGACAUCGCCAACCUCAUCACGGCCAGCGCCGCCGAGGCCGACGGCGGACGCCUGCUACGCGCCGCGCAGGUCAGUCUGCGCACGCGCUCGCUCUGCUGGCCGCAGCACCGCCUGGAGGCGGCCGACAACGACCCGGAGCCGCAGUCGUGCAACUUGGUGGCCAACGACCUGUGUCUCGAAUCCGACGACUACCCAGACUCUGCGAUCCUGGCGAGCAUCCGGCGCAGCCAGGGCUCGAUGGACGCCAUGCUGCUGGACAGCGGCCAGCGCUCCACCUCGCCGGCGCCCGCUGCAGACAGACGGCCGGAUUCGCCCUUGGCUGCGGCGCUGACGUCAUCGCAGACAUCGGAGUCCGGCACGGCGUCGCUGUGCGCGUCUCGCACGCAGCUGGCCAGGCCGCGGCGGGCUCGCGCCACCAGCGGCCAGUGGAAGUUCGUCGUCAACGUGGGCGAGUACACCCAGACGCUGCGCCUCGACCUCUGCCUAAAGCCUCGUGAGAGCUGCGGCCUGUUGCCGGACAACGUGGAGUCGCGCUGCCAGCAAGUGUACAACUACCACCGCCUGCUCACCUGGGACAACGAGCGGGGACUCCACAUGGACAUCUUCAAGGUGCCCACGUGCUGCACUUGCCAGGUGACCGCCGUGCACCCGCUGCUGCAGCGGCCCAGCAAGCAGCCGACACAGCAGCAGCAGCAUCAGCAGCAGCAGCAGGCCGGCGCCAAACACCACGACGUCGACAACGACGCCGACGCAGCGGCUGUCGUUCCGUCCCGGCUACCAUCCAUCACCACCCCGUCGUCGGCGCCCACGACGCCACCGCCCAGCUUCCUGCCGACGCGGCACGGCUUCCGGCGGCCGUCCACGCACCCUGUCACCGGCUCCCCAGGCUACCUGCCGCCUCGGGGGCCGCCGCUGCCGCUCGCCGACCACGGAGGCGCAGACGUCGACUCCCGUCUCAGCUGGCUCAAGCGCAACCGCUCCUCCCUCUACAACAGGUACCCUCCGCGGAGGCCGAAGCCCCACGUCAUCUCCUCCGACUCUAUCCGGCGCGGUGCCACUACGAGGCAGCCGCAGGCGCCGUCGCCGCCGACGCUGCCGACGCCUCCAGACGCCGCCACCCCCAGCCCGGACGGUCUGAGUGUCGGCGCCGCAUCGGGCCCUCACCGGCGCGUCAACUACAGCUACCACCCCAUCAUAGACUACAUCCGCCAGCAGCAACUCGCCGAGCAGCCGACGGCGGCGCUGCAGUCGCGCUCCGGCGAGGGCUGGACGCCCAUCGAAGGAGGAGCCGCCGCGUAG